GCAAAAAUAAAAAUAUCGUCAACUUUCAAUUUCACUCUGCUAGCCUUAAUGAUCCUUGUUAUUGUAGGUGUUAAAAAUGAGUUGUAGGCAAGAAAGAAGUUGGAUGUACAACCGACAAAAAAAUGGAAAGUUUAGUUUAAGAUUUAUGAGAGGGUUGGAAGAGUUUUUAGAUUUUGCUCAUUCACAAAGCAUGAGUUCUGAGAUUAGAUGUCCUUGUAAAAAGUGUAAAAAUUGUUGUUUUAAGGAAGCAGAUGAAAUAAGGGAACAUCUAAUGAGAAGGGGGUUUGUUGAAAAUUACUAUGAGUGGGAAUAUCAUCAGAACACAGAGAUAGGAACAACAUCUGAUGUUGCAGCGGAAGUCGGAGAGCAAUCGUCAAACAAUCCAAAUCCAUACGCACAGAUGGUGCAUGAUGCAGCAGCAAGUGUGUUUCCAGGCAAUUACCAUCACUUUUUUCCCUCACAGUUUAAUGUAGAGUCAGUAGAUAAUGAACCACCGGUACACGUUGACGAAAAUCCAAACCCAGAUAAUAAAGCCGUUUCGGCUAGAAAUUCCUCCAACAGACGUGGAGGAAAAGACAGAGCUGAAGCCACCCAUAUAGGUGGCUCAAUCCCGCACGCAAAAACAAUGCGGGAUUUGGAACAAUCAAAAGGUCAAAGACCCACGCCCUACGAAAUAUUUACACGAACGCAUGGGGUCUUUGACAAUGACACAGGAGAUUGUUCCCAAUGGACAAAUACUAAGUCACAAAAAGUUAAUGAUGAAUAUCGUUCUUUGAUGGAGGAGCAUCCAACUCGCGACCCAAGUAAAGUUUGGUUGGAUGCAAUAAAAAACGUAGAAAGCGGGUCAAAUAAAAAAAACAAAAAAAGCAAAGAGGUUUUUGGGGUUGGGUCCGCCUCUCAGAUUAUUUAUCCUCCCGAGCCAACGGAUAUUCCGUCUUCUCAGCCUGCACAACCUGAUUAUGACGCCAUUAUACAACAAAGGUUUGCAGAUUUCGAAGCCCGGCAAAUGGAGUUUAAUAAUCAAUUAUGGGAAGCGAUACGAAGAGGAAAUGCUCAGACAGCCUAUGAGUAUCAUCAAAGGAUGACUGAGCAAAUAGCAAGAGAACGAGAACAAUUUAUGAAAUUCCUCGAAUCGCAUUUUAAUUUGAAUCAACCCCCUCCUCCACCUCCUCAAUGAAUGAUUAAAAUCAUUUGUAAUUUUUGUGAAUAUGUAAUUAAAUAUUACAUUUAUAUAUAAUAAAU